AGCCAUCAGUCGGGGCUUGAACGUUGUUGGAUUAGGAAGGAUUUAUUGACUACUUGCAAAUUUCGGGUUCUCUUGGUGCGGGAGAGUGUGUGUGCCUUUGCUGCGGUUCUCAUCCAUAUAGAGUGACGAGAGAAAGAAAAUCCACUAAGCCAUAAAAGCAUGUGAAAACGAUGGUAAUGCGUUAGAAGACGGUGGCGUCACGGAUUAACACCAAGCGAGAGGCGGAUUUGCUGCCAGACGGAACGACGGGAAGUGUCUGUUGUCGAGUCAGUUGUGGACAUCCUGUUUGCGGGCCCUAAAGCACGUGGCCCCGCUGCCUGAUGGCCUACGAAGUGCAACCUUGGAGUUCCACCACCCAUGCCACCCACAACAUGGAGCAGAUCUCCGGCCCUCCGGCCCGGACCGGAACCUGCUAUCAAACGCCACGCUCUCACCCGUGGCGUCCCACAAUGGGCUACGAGGCGGUCCAAGUGACGCCGCUCCACGAGCAGCCAAUCACAAACGCACUGGUCGCGUCUUCCUACUCACCAUCGGCGAUGUGUUCCGACCCGGUUACCUUCCCGAACCUGGUCACCGGCUUUGAACGUAAUCCACAACAUGCUGCCCGAGCUGCCCUGUACACCCGGUACACACCCAACGAGUGGACAACGUCGAACGUGGCGACGUACGCCGAUGCCGACAAGAACCGGAACUACGCGGAAAAGGUUCGCUCGGAAGCGGUCCGGUUGAUGCGUGAAACGGACGAGAAAACCUCUCAAGGGCAACGGGACGCGGCCAGACGGCUGGGCGAACGCAUCACGGACAUUACGUUCUGGCGCAACGAACUCAACACCGAGUUGGAGAAACUUGUGGCCGAAUCCGCCCAGCUGACGGACACCAAACGGAACGUCCAAAAGGCCCUCCAGGAUCUGGAUCCGCCGCUGCACAUUACCCAGGAAUGUCUGUACCAUCGUGAGGGUCGCAAAAGUAUCGAGCUGGUGCACGACCACGUGGAAAAGAGUCUGCUCGUCGAGACGGACAACCUGCGGUCGUGCCAGGAGAAGCUGUCCCAGCUAUUGGCUCGCAUCACCAAGCAGUUGGCCGACUGUCGAGCGGCGCAGCACUCUCUCGAGGACGACCUCAGCCACAAGGAAUCAGCGCUCGGAAUCGACUCGCUGUGCCAUCAGCUGAAUAACUACAGCCGCGGGAUUAAUUACUACGGUGGUAUUGAAAAAUAUGAUCCGACCGUUAGUACGCCCGGCACGUGGUCCGGUUCGAGCAGCACGCGCAUUAACAACUCCCAUUCGGAGCGGUCCAAGUCAUGCCAGCUGCGGAGUGACGCCGAGUCCCUGAUCAACGCGGUGGCCACGUCCGUGUGGGACUGCUGGAGCAACACCAACAACGCGUUCAACAACCGAUCGUCGGAGAUGCUCGAGGCCAAGAGCAAGAUGCAGCUGCACCUGCACAAGACCCAGCAGGAGAUCUUCGACGUCGAGAAGCACAUCGAACUGCUGCGCAAAGCCAUCAACGACAAAUCGAACCCGAUGAAGGUGGCUCAAACGCGGCUGGAAGCCCGUGCCCAUCGGCCGGGCAUCGAAAUGUGUCGUGACAACGCCCACCUCCGGCUGGUGGAGGAAGUUUGCCACAUCCAGGACUCGGUCUCGACGCUGCACCGCAAGCUGCAGGAAGCGGAAGCCCAGCACCAGCAGCUGCUCAAGACCAAAUCGCAGCUCGAGAACAACCUGAAGCAGAAGGUGGACGCACUGUUUAUCGAUCGCGAAAAGUGCAUGGGACUGCGUCGGUCCUUCCCCGUCAACAACACGAUCAAAUAUUAGAGGAAUGAAGUAAUGUUCGAAACGAAGCACGAAAUUUAACAAUAUGCUUGAAAAUGGAAUCACGCCGAAGAUUAGAAAUGAAUAUCGUAUUUAGACAGACCACACUUAAUGAUUGUUACUCGAUGAAAUAAUUAGCGUUCUCAAUAAAGUUCGUCAUUUUGCUUGCUCUCGGAAA